UCUUCCCUUCUCACUCUCAGUACUUAAUGGCCAAUGUGGCUGCCACCUCAUCGUGAUGCUGUGGAUGUUAUGUGAGAGCGGAACAUUCCCUUGGUGACACCGGAACAACGUUUCUGUUUAAGGUGAUUGCUCGAGAACGAACGACGAGCGAAAAAUGAUUCGGGCUCACGUGAGGGCCCUCCUGGCGAUUCUGCUGGUCGCCCAGGUUCACGGCAUCAUGUUCUACCUGGAGCCGAACAGUCAUAAGUGUCUGAAGGAGGAGGUCCACGCGAAUGUACUUGUCACAGGGGAAUACGAGAUAUCGGAGGCGAUGGGUCAGAAGACGAAUUUUGUGAUUCAGGACUCCAAAGGACAUAUAUUGUCUCAAAAGGAGGAUAUUCCCUAUGGAAAGCUGUUGAAGUUCUCCUUUGUAACGGAAACUUAUGAUACCUUCGAGAUAUGCUUUAUUUCACGCGUUCCAAGCCAUCAACGUGGUGUCAAGCAAGAAAUUAUGCUGAUCACGAAACGUGGCAUUGAAGCGAAGAGUUACGAAGGCUUGAUCGGCGAAGCAGCCAAGUUGAAACCAGUAGAAGUGGAAUUGAAACGGUUGGAAGAUUUGUCGGAGGCGAUAGUGCAAGAUUUUGCCAGAAUGCGCAAGAACGAGGAAGAAAUGAGAGACACAAACGAGGCCACGAAUACUCGAGUAUUAUAUUUCAGUUUAUUCUCGAUAUGCGUCCUCUUCGGCUUAUCCGCCUGGCAGCUCUUCUACUUCCGACGCUUCUUCAGGAUGAAGAAACUCAUUGAGUAAAUACAUUUGUAACAAAUAACACGAUGUAAAAAAUACACCUUUGAGUUUUUCAUCCUUGUUAUCUGUAAUUUCGUAAAUUUCAAUCGUGGAACACUUUUUACACAUUCGUCGCAACGUUCGAAAAGUAUUCUUCAAAAGAUUAUGCAAAAAAAAACGCAUUACAAUCAUAUUACCUCAUUCAAAUUAAUGUAAAAUAUGAUAAGACCUCAUCUAGCUACACAUCGCGUAUUAUACAUCACAUUAUCGAGAACUCAUUAUUUAAGCAAUUGUAAGAUAGAAAAUUUCUUAAAUAAAAGCAUACCUCGAUGGUGAGAUAAAUGGAUCUUCAAAGUCUCUCAUUACCUAAGAAGGAUAUGUUAAUAUAUUAUGUAUAAAAUCACUUGUCUCAAUAUUAAAAUGUCUAAUGUUAUAAAA